AUGCUAAAUUUAAUUGAAACAGGUUUAAAUGAAUGUACAUUAAUUGGUGAAAGAGGUGAUAUUGAAAAUGAAAUAAAUUUAAAUGAAAAUAAAGAUAUUGUUUUCGAAAGAAAUGAUGAUAAACAAAUUGAUUUUGAUAAUAUUAAAUUAAAACCAUUAAAAAUAACUACUACAUUAAUAACAAAUAAAUUAACAGAUACUUUUAAUCGUUUAACAUCAUCAUCAUCAAUAUCAAUAACAAUAAAUAAUAUUAACAAUAAUUAUUCAAUUGAUCAAUAUCAAUUUUCAUAUGAUUUAUUUAAAAAAAAUAAUCUUCUUCAUCUGUAUAUAUCAAUAUAUAGUCUUGAUAUAAUUAAUAAUCGAAAUAUAAAUUCAUAUUUAAUUAGUAGAAAUGUCCAAUUCGAAGAAGAAAUACAUCGUUUAUUUAAAAUUUAUCUAUUAUCAUUAUUAUGUGUAGCUCGAACUCUUAAUGAUGAAGCAAUUAAUAAUUUUAAUCGAUUAUUUGUUAAAUCAUUUCAAUCAACAGAUGCAUUCCAUUUAUGGCAAUCAAAAGGACCUUAUCUAUAUAUUGAUGAAAUUCUUUCACGACAUCCACAAGCAGGACAACUUAAUGUAACUGAUGUUAAAUUACGUUUUGCUCAGUAUGUAUUUAUUUAUUUAUUUCCUAAAAUAAAAUAUUGUUUUAAAAGUGUUCUUGAUGAUAUUGAAACUGGUAGAAAAUUAAAAGGUGCAUUUGAAGAUACAUCUCAAUUUAUGAGUGAAAAAUUUCGAGCAGCAACAAAAGUACCUGGACAAGCAAAAAAUUCUAUAUUUACUUCAGUUAUUGCAACAUUUAAUCAAGGUAAACAAUGGUUAUCAAAAGGUCAAUCAUUAUCUAAAGCCAUCGACACAUUAGAAGACCCGGGGUCUUCUAUUCUGUCUUAUCAUUCAUAA